CACGCUAACUAAAUUACGUACGUCUACGUCAACGGAUCCGACACCUCCAGUUCUGUGUGUGAGAGACGAUAUGGCGGAAGGGAGAGCUCUUUUGGACGACAUCGAACCACCACCAGUGGACGUGCAAUCUACAACAGGAAUGCAAUCAUUUGCGUCUGAUGUUGAACCACCAAAAUAUGACGAUUCCAAUGUCGCUCCGGGACUUCAGCAUCAUGAAGCAAACUUCGACCGACCAUUUCCUUCAAUGCAUGGACCCAUUCACCAGAUGCCGCCACCCCACAUGCCGCCACCCCACAUGCCGCCACCCCACAUGCCGCCACCUCACAUGCCUUCACGCUACAUGCCUGCACCCCACAUGCCUUCACUGCCUCCACCCCAGAUACGACCACCCCAGAUGCCACCUUACCUUUCAGCCCAACAAAGUGCUACAUCCACAGUUGUUGUGCAGCAACCUUACCCGGGUCAUGUUGGUGUGGGUGGGUACUCUAAUGAGAUCAAUGAUUAUUACUGCCUUUCUAUCUUCACUUUGAUAUUGUUUUGUUGGCCAAUUGGUCUGGUUGCUCUGUCAGCAUCUCGAAGAGCCCGUGACCGCCUGCUCUUGGGAGACAUAAAUGGAGCCAAGGAGGCAUCAACUCAAGCCCUUCAACUUAAUGUUGCUGGUAUUGUGAUUGGAAUUGUGGUGAUUGGCAUCUUCGUUGGUGUGGUUGUUGCAAUCAAUUCUUAAUGGUGUCAGUGACAACAUUUACUUGCUGAUGUUUGAUGUUAUGACUCUCAUGAGCUAAAUGUUAUAGAUUUGGUAGAUAAAUAGCUUAUUAGUGAUUACUUAUUGGCUGCUGACUUUGCCAAGCAUAGUUUGGUAGGCAUUUUGGUAGUUGUGGUAGCUUUGUGACUUACAUUGGUAUUUCUGAAUCUGAUGUUGUGUUAGAACAGCA